AUGGGGAUGGGAGUUUCAGUUCUUCUUCUGCUCAUUGUGGGACCUUGGGUGGUGGAGAUGGGAGAUUCGGAGGUUUUGGGCAUGGGUAUGGCAGCAGGAGCCUCCACAACCUUGGAGGGUUCAGGAAUGUCUAUACUGGUGGAAGCUACGGAGGAGAAGGAAGGAGGUCCAGGCAGGGAGGUACUCAGAGGAGGCCUUGGCACAGGGGUGCAAGGGGCUGGGCAGGAAUUGGGACAGGCUGGAGUUCUCCGAGGCAUUGGGGAAGUCCAUGUGGACACCAACCUGCUGAGGCCAAUACGGCUCCAGGUGGACCCUGAGUUCCAGCGAGUGCGCUCGGAUGAGAGGGAGCAGAUCAAAGCUCUCAACAACAAAUUUGCUUCAUUCAUCGAGAAGGUUCAAUGUCUGGAGCGGCAGAAUCAGGCACUCUUGGCCAAGUGGGAACUUCUGCAGCAGCAAAGCUCUGGCCCUGAGGAGAGCAGGAACAUCAACAACUUCUUCCAGGCCUACAUCACCAACCUGCAGCGACAGCUCGAGACGCUCCAGAGCCAGAAGGAGCAGCUGGAUCCUGAGGCCUACAACAUGCUCCGGCUUGUUGAGGAUUAUAAAAACAGAUUCGAGGAUGAGAUCGACAAACGCACAUCCAAGGAGGAGGAGUUUGUGGAGCUUAAAAAGGAACUGGAUAGUGCCUACAUGGGAAAAAUGGAGUUUGAUGUCCGAGUGGAUAUCCUGAGGCAGGAGCUGGAGUUCCUCCGGUGUUUAUACGAAGCUGAGCUGUCCCAGCUGCAAACGGUUGUUGAGAACGUUGACGUUGUUCUGUCCAUGGACAACCACAGGGACUUGAACAUGGAUGGGAUCAUCGAGGAGGUCAGGCGGGAAUAUGAGGGGAUAGCCCACAGGAGCACAGCUGAAGUGGAUGCCAUGUACCGGGGCAGGUACCAGGACCUGCAGAACAUGUGGGUGAGUCAACAAGAGCAGCUGAAGAACAGUCACCAGGAAAUCCAGGAACUUGCCAGGCACAUCCAACGACUCCAACCAGAAAUUGAAAUCGCAAGGAAAAGGAAUUCCAGCCUCCAGGACUCCAUUAAAGAUGCUGAGCACCGUGGGAGCUCGGCCGUCAGGGAUGGCCAGGAAAAGCUAGAGGAGCUGGAAAAUGCCCUCCAACAGGCCAAGGAUGACCUUUCUCAGCUUGUCCGUGAUUACCAGGAGCUCCUGAAUGUGAAGCUGGGCCUGGACAUUGAGAUCGCCAUGUAUCGCUCACUCCUCGAGGAGGAGGAGAACAGGUUGGGGCAAAAUCCAUCCUGGGUGGAAAAGGUGGAAGCUCUGGAGGGUGGGGAUCCAUCUCUGGUGGUGGUGGUUCCAUCUCUGGAGGAGGAAAAGGCUCAGGAUCUGGAGGAGGAGGAAGCUCAGGCAGUGGAGGCUCCAUCUGUGGAGGAGGAGGAAGCUCUGGCAGUGGAGGCUCCAUGUCCAAGGGUGGCAGCAGUUCUGGAGGGUGGGGAUCCAGCUCUGGUGGUGGUGGUUCCAUGUCUGGAGGAGGAAAAGGCUCAGGAUCUGGAGGAGGAGGAAGCUCAGGCAGUGGAGGCUCCAUCUGUGGAGGAGGAGGAAGUUCAGGUGGUGGAGGUUCCAUGUCCAAGGGAGGCAGCAGCUCUGGAGGGUGGGGGUCUAGCUCUGGUGGUGGUGGUUCCAUGUCUGGAGGAGGAAAAGGCUCAGGAUCUGGAGGAGGAGGAAGCUCAGGCAGUGGAGGCUCCAUUUGUGGAGGAGGAGGAAGCUCUGGCAGUGGAGGCUCCAUGUCCAAGGGUGGCAGCAGCUCUGGAGGGUGGGGAUCCAGCUCUGGUGGUGGUGGUUCCAUGUCUGGAGGAGGAAAAGGCUCAGGAUCUGGAGGAGGAAGCUCAGGCAGUGGAGGCUCCAUCUGUGGAGGAGGAGGAAGUUCAGGUGGUGGAGGUUCCAUGUCCAAGGGAGGCAGCAGCUCUGGAGGGUGGGGAUCCAGCUCUGGUUCCAUGUCUGGAGGCGGAAAAGGCUCAGGAUCUGGAGGAGGAGGAAGCUCAGGCAGUGGAGGCUCCAUCUGUGGAGGAGGAGGAAGUUCAGGUGGUGGAGGUUCCAUGUCCAAGGGAGGCAGCAGCUCUGGAGGGUGGGGAUCCAGCUCUGGUUCCAUGUCUGGAGGCGGAAAAGGCUCAGGAUCUGGAGGAGGAGGAAGCUCAGGCAGUGGAGGCUCCAUCUGUGGAGGAGGAGGAAGUUCAGGUGGUGGAGGUUCCAUGUCCAAGGGAGGCAGCAGCUCUGGAGGGUGGGGGUCCAGCUCUGGUUCCAUGUCUGGAGGAGGAAAAGGCUCAGGAUCUGGAGGAGGAGGAAGCUCAGGCAGUGGAGGCUCCAUUUGUGGAGGAGGAGGAAGUUCAGGUGGUGGAGGUUCCAUGUCCAAGGGAGGCAGCAGCUCUGGAGGGUGGGGGUCUAGCUCUGGUGGUGGUGGUUCCAUGUCUGGAGGAGGAAAAGGCUCAGGAUCUGGAGGAGGAGGAAGCUCAGGCAGUGGAGGCUCCAUUUGUGGAGGAGGAGGAAGCUCUGGCAGUGGAGGCUCCAUGUCCAAGGGUGGCAGCAGUUCUGGAGGGUGGGGAUCCAGCUCUGGUGGUGGUGGUUCCAUGUCUGGAGGAGGAAAAGGCUCAGGAUCUGGAGGAGGAAGCUCAGGCAGUGGAGGCUCCAUCUGUGGAGGAGGAGGGAGUUCAGGUGGUGGAGGUUCCAUGUCCAAGGGAGGCAGCAGCUCUGGAGGGUGGGGAUCCAGCUCUGGUUCCAUGUCUGGAGGCGGAAAAGGCUCAGGAUCUGGAGGAGGAGGAAGCUCAGGCAGUGGAGGCUCCAUCUGUGGAGGAGGAGGAAGUUCAGGUGGAGGAGGCUCCAUGUCCAAGGGAGGCAGCAGCUCUGGAGGGUGGGGAUCCAGCUCUGGUUCCAUGUCUGGAGGAGGAAAAGGCUCAGGAUCUGGAGGAGGAAGCUCAGGCAGUGGUGGUUCCAUGUCCGGAGGUGGGCAGAGCUCCGGUGGUCACGGAUCUGGCUCCAGUAGCAGCAGAUGCAGCCCCCAAAGUGGAGGCAUGA